AUUUACGACUUCAGUGCGUUCAAGACAGCUGUGAAUUUGCGAGAGAAAAUGCGAAAGAUCGUUUUGAACGGUCAUCCAACUCGGAAUUCCAACUCGUGAAUUCGGGCCUCUUUCUAGAACUCCAACAUUCCGACCUGAAGAUCACCUACGUCAUAAUUUGAUCUCGUAUUGUUUCCGAGUUCCCAGUUGCCUUGAAAGCCCCCGAGUCAGUACUUUGACAGCGCGACGGUUUUUCUUCGGAGAACAGACUUUUCGCUGUUGCCUUGUAAGGUGUCAAAAAUACGAUGCUGUCUUACAUCAUUGGGCUCAUUCGGAGCAGUAUUGACAACAUUAUCAACCUCAUCCUGAGCUUCUUUCUCUCAAAGAAGAAACCUGCCAUCACCUUAGAGGACCCCAACAUCAAAUAUGCAUUAAAGCUGAUAGAUAAAGAGAUCAUCAGUCAUGACACAAGGAAAUUCCGUUUUGCCCUGCGGGAAAAGGAUCGUGUCCUUGGGCUACCCAUUGGGCAACACAUAUACCUGUCUGCCAAGCUGGAUGGAGUCCUGGUGGUCAGACCGUACACACCUGUGUCUAGUGAUGACGACGUAGGCUUCGUAGACCUGGUAGUCAAGAUUUACUACAAGAACGUUAAUCCAAAGUUUCCUGAAGGUGGGAAGAUGAGUCAGUACUUGGAGAGCCUCCGGAUUGGUGACACUAUUGAUUUCAGAGGGCCCAGCGGCCUGCUAGUCUACCAAGGAAACGGGGCUUUUGCCAUCAAGGCAGAAAAAAAGGCGGAGCCUGUGAUCAAAACUGCCAAGCAAGUGGGCAUGAUUGCAGGAGGGACCGGAAUCACUCCCAUGCUGCAGCUCAUCACAGCUAUAAUGAAGGAUCCCCAGGACCAGACAGUGUGUCACCUGCUCUUCGCCAACCAGACUGAGAAAGACAUCUUGCUUCGACCGGAGUUGGAGGAGAUCGCAGCUAAUCACCCAACCCGAUUCAAGCUAUGGUUCACCCUGGACAGGGCUCCUGAGGAGUGGGAGUACAGCCAAGGCUUCAUCAGUGAAGACAUGGUGAGGGACCACCUUCCACCCCCUGGAGACGACACUCUCAUCCUCCUGUGCGGACCGCCUCCCAUGAUCCAGUUUGCCUGUAACCCCAACCUGGACAAAGUGGGCCACGCCAGCAGCCGGAGGUUCACCUUUUAGAAGCCACCCCAGGCGAGGGGUUAAAGAAGGUUUCCCCAGGGAUCAAUGAUCAGCCACACCCAACAUUUAUUAAAACUCUCUUGCAUCAGCGCUUGAUCAUCUAUUGAAAUCAUUUCACAGCAGAAUUAGUGGACCAUUUUCUGUAAUUUGGUGUGCCUUAAUUUCCAAAACAUGUUCUGAUUUAACAGGUUUAUCAUUCUGAAUUGAAUCACUGGUCGUUGGAGGAAACAAUGUUAUUUGAACGUUCCUCCUGUCAAACUAAUUGUGACCGAUACCUGUAUACUGAACAAAAUAUAAACAACUGAUUUCAUCCUAUGAACUAACUCAAGUUAAAUGAAUUAGGACUGUGAAAUCCAUAGAUUGGCUCCCAAGAAAUAGGCCCUAAUCAGAAUGAGUUUUUCCCCACAAGGGCUUUGUUACAGACCAAUACUCCUGGCCUUUGUCUUCAGCACAAGGUGCACUCAUGCUUCUUGAUAUGCAUUAUCUUGGCAAAGGAGAAAUGCUCACUAACAGGGAAGUAAACAUAUUUUUUACAAUAAAUAAGCUUUUUGUGCAACUGGAACAUUUCUGCUCAUGAAACCAACACUUUGCAUAUUGUUUUUUUUGUUCAGUAUAGUUUGACUUGAGUGCCUUAGCAAUUGCCAUAGUAAUACUUUUUUUGUAUGCAGAGCUGAUGACCAUAAUACUGCUCAGUUGCUUCCACUGCAAACUAUUCCCUAAAGUGUAAUGUAUAAUGAUGUACUUAUUCCAUAUUGUUGCAGAAAGAGUGACUAAAAAGGGAGGAUGUCUUGAAGCUGUUACUGGAGUCUUUCCUCGUGCUUAAAUGUCUUUACAGCACUUGAAAUACGGUUUCAUUAUGCAACAUGUUUGUUAUAUACAUUGACAAAUAAAAUACAAAUGCAAUAA